CUUGUUCCGGCUAUGUUCCGGUUGUUCCAUAGCUUCCGGGCUUCCGUUCUUUCGGCCGUCCGUGCCUGUCCUUGUGAAACUUGUGUUCAGGACUGUCGAUUUCUAAUUUCUUUUCAGAACGUGCACACUACUGUAGUGUUUUGCGGCGCUAUGGCUACCGAAGGUAAGCAGCCGGAGCAGGACGCGUCAUCGCUGACGGACGAAGAUGAGAAGGUGCGCAAGAAGGAAGAGCGCCUGAAGCGCCGCAGGUUCAAGGACAACGAGGAGGGGCGUGAGUAUGAGUGUCUCCUGUGCGACUGCAAGUUCUUCACAGUGUCGCAGUACAACGUGCACAUUCAGACCUACGAGCACCGCAAGCGCAAGGUUGGCAAGAUCUCUGCGGGUGCGGGCUCGUCGUCCGGGGACUACGGCUCCAAGAUAGUGCACUGUCGGGUGUGCAAUGUGUACACCAACAGCGCCAAGCAGCUGGCGGAGCACCUGGGAGGCCUCCGGCACAAGAACCUGUGCUUCAAGUUCAACGUGCCCAUCACUUCCCUGGAAGUGACCAGCAAGGACACCCACACCCUGGAGGACACCAAGCUGGUGGGCAUGAAGCUGCGCUGCAAGUACUGCCAGGUGGAACUCAACUCCAUGAACCAGUACGAAGAGCACAUGAAGAGCAAGAACCACAAGCUUCGCAUGGAGGGCAAGGUCUUGAACCCGGAGAAGAAGAUGAAGAAGGCAAGCAAGAAAUUUUACAAGAAGUGGUCUAAGGAUGAGAAGAAAGACGACAAUGAGGAUGCUGAGAAGGAGAAACCUUCGUCGGACAAGGCGGAUGCAGAAGCAGACAAGGCAGAGGAAGUGGAUCCCAAGAAGGCCAAGAUGCGACAGAAGUACGAACUGGACGUGCUGGACGACCUCCACAACAUGCCGUCCGCUCGGAACGAGAUGAAGUUCUCGAGGAAGAACAAGGUCAAGAAACCUCCAAAGCUGAAGCCUGUGCCCUACAUGUGCGACAUUUGCCAGGAGUUUAUGAAAUCAGCUUUUGAGCUGAAUGAGCAUCUCAACAGCGACGACCACAAGACAAACAUGCGCAAUUUUAUUUCCGGCAAGAAGCAAGCUGCCGAAUAUGCUUGCAAUGACAACAGUGCUUCUGGAAGCACGGAUGAGAAGAACUCGAGCAAGAAGCCGGAACUCUUCUGCGAAGUCUGCCAGCUGAUGCUUGAAUCUGAAAAAAUGCUGAAAGAGCAUCGGGACAGCAAGAAACACAAGUUUCUUGCAGAGUUGAAGAAGGGUUCACGGGCGGAGAGCCGAACAGGGAAUGUGCAGGCUGCUGCCCCAAAAGUGAAACCCUACUGCGAUGUGUGCCAGAUAGAACUGGAGUCUGAGGGCAUGAUGUCGGAACAUGUCAAAAGCAAGAAGCACAAGUUUCUGGUGGAACUUAAGCCUCCCGGAGGCCGGAGCGAGCAGCCCGGUCCGGGCCCGGCUCCGGCUGCGCCCGGAGCGAGGCACUCCAGGUGGGAGCCCGCGCAGCAGGGAGCGGCUCCACUCCAUCCGCAGCAGCGGGUCAAGCGGAUGCCGGAGGAGAACUGGGACGGCGACCCGCGGCCACACAAAAGGAGGCAGCAGCGGCCGGAGGGACGAGAGGAGCUCCCCCUGCUGGCCGCCCUGGCCCUGGAGCGCAAGGAGCUGCAGGCGGAGCUAGCCAAGCGCAAGCGGGAGAUUGAAGAGCAGAGGGCGCUCGUGGAGGAGCUGCGCAGGCGCCACGAGGAGGAGGAAGAGAAGAUGGUGCUCAAGCGCAUGAUCGACGAGUGCCGCCAACUGCUGGAGGAGAGGCAGCGUAGGGAGGCGCGCCAGGAGGCGGCGAGGGGCCACGCGCGGCGGGAGAGCCCGCGCAGCGACCGCGGAACUGGUUUCUGGAACCACAGCCCUCCGCGGGACGUGGAGGAAGGUUACGACGACAAUCAAACUGGGCCGCGCGGGGCCGCGGGCGGGGAGUUCGGAGGCUCUGAGAUGGACGCCUGGCAUCGGGGGAGGGCGCGGAGGGCGCUGUUGCCGAAGCCGGACGACUGGGAGGGUGGCCGGGGUUCUCCCGUCGAUCGAGUCGGGUUGCGGGGUCGGAGCGGGGACCGGAGAGGGUGGGAAAGUAAUCGACCCGGCGCGGGCGAUGUUUCGUUUGUCGAGGGGCCGCCACAGGUUCCGUUUGGCGACAAAGCCGGCGGUUUUCGUGACGCUUACGAUGACCGCACCGCCAUCGAAAAUAAUUACUUGGGCGGUGGCAGUAGGGUUUGGAGCGAGCGCGAGCCCGUUCGCGAGACCUACUUUGGGAAUAGCGACGAAGGUGCGUCUUCUCGGGGCGGUUACUCGGAAGAGGACGAGCGGUUCCGAAUCGGCGGGAAAAGGGGGGGUGGCUAUUCCCCCCCGCGGCACGGAUGUCCAGACCGCGGGUUCCAGGAGGUCUCCGGUGGGGCACGGAUGUCCAUUUCGACGGUCCCUCUCAGGUUCGGCUCCUGUCGGCCGUCGAGCCGUUCGGAGCAGCUUCUCGAAGCGCCCCCGGAGAAUCAUCCCGAGCGGCGGAUCGUCGAGAAAAAUCCCGUAUUCGGGACCGAAAGUCGGAUUUCUGACGCGGCGCGACCGGUCGGUCCCGCUCGUUACCUUGAACCACCGGCUUCCGCCGGGGACGGUUUGUUCCGACACGGAGAAGAACGGUCAACAGGCACGUCGCGUUACUCUUCCUGGAGCAACGAGAACUCCAUUCCCCUUCUUGGCACUCCCGUCGCGUUUCCCGAGAGGGCGUGUUCGAGAGAUUUCGACUCCGGGGGCCAGAACGCCCCUGCGGACUGGCAGGGAGAACGGGCCGCCCCCGCGUGGGGACGCGACGAGUUGACGGGACAUCCCGAGAGGCCGUACGGAACGGAUCUGCACGACCGGGACAGGGGCCCCGCUCCGGGAGGGCCGAGGUCUCCCUGGCGAGACGGAGGCUCCCCUAUGCCGGAGACGCGGAGUCUCUGGGGUGCAAACCCACCUCGCAUUCCUGGCUUAGACUUCGUUUAGCUUUCGACGGAGCGUGUCUGGACCGGAACGGUGGGCUGACAGUCUCGUGUCUGUUGACGUUGCGAAGCAACUGCGUUUUUUUGAGGGGCUGUUGCGUCCAGGUUCACUUCUCUUUUGUGUCAUUGUUUUUGUCCCCCUUGUAAAUAAAGGGUACUAUGUGCACUGGGACAUUAAAGGGAGGGGGGUUUAAAAGGGAAACUAAUAGAGUGGUAAUGGGAGAAAACAGCGUAAAAAAGACGCAAGGAGAAGUAGACAAAAGACACAAACAGUGCUUGCUCACAAAUUCAUUUUCUUCCUCUUCUGCAACACACAAAAGCAAUGAAAAGGAAAAUAAAGAAAGAAAACGAUUUAAUCAUAGUAGGAGACUUAGUCAUUACAAGAAAAGUAAGCGAAGUGUUACAGAAUAUCUAACAUAUCUAACAAGAUGCAAAACAAACACUAAUAGGGUGGAUUGGUAGAUACAUGAAAAUAAAAAAUCUUAAGUAUUUAAAUUUUUUUUUCCGUCCAUUAUUUUCCUAAAAGCUCGUUGCAGAGUUGUCAAUUAUGCUAGGCAGUGUUUUUCCUAAUCUGCAUUCCUGGUACUAAAACAGUUCAUAAAAUAAUUUAUGACUUUUUUUUACAGGUCCGGUCUGUGGGCACUACCAUCUUGCUCAGUGGGGUGCACUUGGGCGCAGCCAUAAUAUGAUUACGCCGUCUUAGUAAGGCUUUGUAAUAGGAUUAUGACGCGUCCAAGCGUACCCCAUCCGAGCAAGAUGGCGUGCCCUGAAGCCGGACUUGCAAACGUGUAUAGGCGGUGACAAGUCAAGUGUAAAGUGGAAGUUCCUCCUACCUCUUUCCACUUUAGCAGAGCAAAUGCUGGAGAGAAGGUUGCCUCCUCUCGAGCAUUCGCUCUGCCUAAAGGCCGACCUACAAAAUCCUCUUCUGCCGGGCAGAAAACGGCUCCCGGUUUCCUUCUCUCCCUUUUUUGCACUCCUCCUCCUCCACACAAGGGUUUGAGUUACUUCUCGCAGGGAGGAGGGAGCUCUUGCUCGAAUGGAAAAGAGGAAUGGCGGGAAAGUAUCCUCCUUUCUGCUUGUUGGUUGGCCUUUAAGUGGAAAGAGGUGGGAGGAGCUUUCACUUUACUCUUGUCACAGACUAUAGCACUAUAAAAUUCCACUGAACAAAAUAGACAAUUGAGUAGUUCCAUUCAAGUUUGAGCUAUAAAUACAACUGUUCAAACAUUUAUAUAAAAAAACUGCAUGGUGCAGAGGAAGUACAUAGGCAAAAAAGAAUAUUGUAGUAUUGAUAACAAUUCUACUAAAUUUCAUAAACCUUCAGUUACGAACAUUUUAGAACCACUUUGUUAGUUUCACUUUGAAACUCGCCCACCUUAAUUUCAUCUUUUCAUAUCUGUGGAGUAUUUUGGCGCAGGAAAUCUUUUAUUCUACGAUUAGUGAUAGCCUAGAGAGAAAAAGUUGUCAAUAUCGCGGCAAAUUUGUGUUUGAGGGGAAUAAAAUUAUGAUCUGUUCCUGAA